AAGCCUUUUUGUUCAAUGCUGUACAUAUCACAUUUGAAUGAGGGAUACAGGAGACGAGUAACUCGGGGGUGGGUGUCCUUACCCCCAAAUGAUACAAUCGACUGGGCCAUCCUUUCUACCGGUGAGUCGGUGACCAUCCUCCGUGUCCUGAUGGCAGAAGCUGCAAAGGGGCUUAUGCGAGAAGGAUACGAAUAGCGGGCCCUGGUCAGAAUAAUAUAAUACUCGAACACUCGCGGUUGAUCACUUGACAUAUACAGGAAGCAAGUGGUUGAGGAAGCACGGGCGUACCCGCUUUAACGGAGGCUCUCUCUCUCUCUCUCUCUCUCAUUUUUCUUUUCUUUUUUUACACCUCUCUCGUGUGGUUGGAUUUUGUUUAAACUC